UGGCACCUUCCUCUACAUCCGAAAUAGACAUAUUUUUAUAAAUAAAGUUUCUCUCCUCCAGUAGUUCAGCUCGUUCCAGACUACACAAUCAGACGAUGACAGGAAGACGCGGGACAAAUUUAGCUCGAUGGGAAUCAGUGCAAUAACAGUUUCUGUGAAACAAAUUCGACUAAGCUCUCAGUAUGUGAAUAGUUGUGUUCAUGAAAUACCAUCAAACUAAUAUUUUUUGUGUGAGGCCUGUGAAUUUAUCGAAACAAUGAAUCAUUUGAAGGUGUUUAUACGUGUGAGGCCGUUUUCUCAAAGGGAGAGAGAUGAUGCAUGCAAACAUGUGGUGGAAGUUCAAAACAAUAAUACAGUGGCGAUCACGAAUAUCAAGGUAGCAGAAGAGAAAUCUGGUGACAGUAGGGAACGUAUUCGAAGAUUCACUUUUGACUACUGCUUUCCGGAGGACGCAUCGCAGCAUGACAUUUUUAGCAAAGUUGAGGCUUUAGUGAGCAAAGCGAUGAAGAAGAAACAUCACUCUUGCGUACUUGCCUAUGGUCAAAGUGCAACAGGAAAAACCCAUACGAUGAUGGGACAUCCACAAGACCCAGGCUUAACUCUAAGAUUGAGUCAGCAAAUUCCUGAGUAUUUUAAUAGCAUACCUUCAGGAGAAGACGUAGACGAUACAAAAAUUACUAUAAGUUAUCUCGAGGUAUAUAAUGAAAAAGUUCGAGAUCUUCUACGAUCCGAUUAUGGGCAUGGAAAGUAUUCAGGAAUUUUGAGGAUAAGGGAACAUCCAAAAAAAGGCCCAUAUGUUCAAGGUUUGACGGAACGUCAGGUCCAAAAUCAGGAAGAACUACUUCACUGGAUCAAAUUUGGUAGUGACAAUCGAAGGGUAGCCUCGAACCUUAGAAAUCCACAUUCCAGUAGAAGUCACUCUGUAGUAACCAUCACUUGUGACGGUGUCCGAUUAUACCUAGUAGAUCUAGCUGGGAGUGAAAAAACAGGAAGCAAAUUUUGGGCUAACUCUAGUAUAAGAGAGGGAGCCAACAUAAAUAAGAGUUUGGUUGCUUUAGGAAAUGUGAUAUCAGCCCUAGCUGAACCACCUCUGAAAUUGAAAUCUAAUAGGAAGAGAUUCGUUCCUUACAGAGAUUCAGUGCUAACAUGGCUACUCAAAGAUACUCUUGGAGGAAACUCAAACACGGUUAUGAUAGCAACUAUCUCCCCAGCCAGUGGCUGUUACAGUGAGACAGUGAAUACCCUCCGAUUUGGUCAACGAGCAAAGCUGAUCAUAUGCAGUCCAGUAGUGAAUGAGGAUCCUAAAGAAAAAAUUAUCAGGGAACUGCGUUUGGAAAUAGCCAAAUUAAAAAAAGAACUGGAACAGUCUAAGGUGGAUCCACUCAGUUUCAUGCCGAAAAGCGAGCAUUUUCCAGAUGAAGCAAAUGACAGAACCAACAUAGAGAGCUAUGAUUCGACUAUUCCUGAUCCCGGGUAUUCACCUUCUCCGCACUCAAAUUCCAUAACGACAUUUCGAAGAAAUAAAAACAAGACUGAGUUGAAAACUUCGAACCAAUCAAGCCUUCGAAUUAAUACUGAUAAGUUAAUGUCCGUAAUGAACGUCGAAACUGGCAUAAGUUCGGAAAAAAGACAAAUACCUAAAUUACGAAGAACGUCCAGUGUUAAUUCCGUUGCAAUAAUGAACAGAUCCAGAACACCAAGCUUUGGCUCUCGUGAAUCAUUGCCGACGGUGGAAUCACCAACGUCAUCAAUCAAGUCGAAUCUUUCAACAACCAGUAAAUUGUCGUCAUCCAAUCCUUUGAUCAGAAGACGUUCAGUUGAUAAGUCCAAUGUUUUAACGAAGAGAACAACUCCAGAAAAGCAGAAGAAAUAUCUGGAGAAGAGUGUAGAAACUGAAAGCACGAAAAUCCCAGUGAGAUUGAAAGCGGUCCCUCAAGGAAAAGUAACUCCUAUAAAUAAGUCGAAUAUUAUUGCUAACGUCACCAAGAGGUUAUAUGCGAAAACUAAAAAUUCUGAAACGGACAUGGAAGGUUUCGACGAACCAAAAAACGAUGUUCCAAAGGAACUCACAAUUUGCUCGAAUGCAAGAAUCAGACUGAAGGAAAUCACGCAGAAAGCUAUGAGAGCUCACCGCUUCAAACAAGUAGAGACUCAAACAGAUACCAUAGUACUAAGAGUGAAAGAAGUAUCGACAGACGUUCAAGACUUGAGACUUCAUAUACCUGAAGUCAGAAAUGUAGAAACGAUGACUAAAGCUGACACUCGAAGCGUAUCUACAGGUUGUCCAUCAAUCGAUAAUUUCAAAGCAACGGACACGAAUGACUUACUUAAAAUAACGAAAACUGUUGGAGUUCAGUACUCAUCUGAUUCUUCAGCUCCUAAACAAACCACGCCAAGAGAGCCACAUUCACCUCCACUUAUUUCAUUCACAAAAUUCCUUAUAAAUCAACAAUUUCCGUCUCGGACAAGUACGAUAAAUCCGAAUCCUACCAAUCAAGAGAAUUUUGAUGAUAUGAGUUCGUCAAAGAAGAGGCUUGUCAAUACGGAGAGACACGAGAGUUUAUCAGAUGAUAGCUUGGAUGAUCAAAAUGGGUGCAGUUUAACGUUUCCCACUCCUGACCUCAUCAGCAAUCAUAAUUCACUCGAUUUGAACGUUUUUGCGAUGCAGAAAGAAGAACCAAUUACAUUAGAUCGAUUGAGAUUGAGGUAUGCUCAGGGCAGCAUAGAACACGUACAGUUUGACACCUUAGGAGACAAACUGAAUUCAUCAAAUCUAAUUACUUCACCAGUAGGCCAUGAGAAACGUACGGUAGAUGUUUCACAACAUAUUCUCCAACCAAAAGAUAACGAUUGUGAGAAAUUCAUUACCUGCGAAUUUCUAUCAUCUCCAGAAUUACGGUUUUCCAAAGCAGUUAUAUCAAACAUCAGGGACAGCUUUCAAUUUGAUUCUGUUGCAGUAUACGAACCAACGGUUAUAGAACCUAGCGCCGUGUUUUCAUCUGAAGAAUCUUGUACUCUGUCGGAUAAUGGUUCUGUUCGGGAAACCCCAAAACUUCAAGAAUACUCCAUACCAACUGACGUUGAACAUCUUCCAACACCAGAUACUAAAAACCAACAAAUGGUGGUAGCAAUGUCUGUAUUUUUAGAAGAAGCUACAAAGUUGAUGACGAACUUGACAAAAGCUAGCGAGAAUUUAGCAACCUUCCAUAAUUCUUCAAUGAAAAAGGAAUUCGACCUCCACAUAACAUCAGAUAAUGUUAACGAUUUGAGGAGUUUGUUCAGAAGUGAAAACAACCUAUCUGUUUCUCGAAUGGAACAAACUGAAUAUGUUCCUUCUUAUGAAUCUUCGUCACAAACUCCUGUCAUAGGAUUUUCUACCCACUCUACGCAGUAUGAGACAUUCGAUAUUCCCGUUAAUGAAUUAGAUCCCAUUUUGGACGAUGCCUGCGUCAAAUUGGAAAACACUGUUAAGAACAGUAAACUGAGACUAUUGAACUCUGUUAAAGAUUCCACCCUUUCUUUCUCCUCUGGUGUAUCCGAGGUCUAUAGGGAUCUCAGUCUGGAAAGCAAUAAUUCAUCUCCCUCUGAUUAUGGAUCGUUAUGCCAAAGCAGUCACAAGAAGUAUAUUCCCAGAUGCAGCCCAAGUGCACUUCUGAAGCAGUUGUCACACAUGCGGAGACAUGUGAUGAAGGCCUCUAAAGAAUGUUUACUUGAUGCCGAGGUUUUGAGGGUACAUCACAAAAUAUAACGUACUUUCUCAUGAAAUCAAUACGAGUAUUUUGAUCGAUUGUGUCAAAACUAAAAUUAAUUUUUUAAUUAAUCAAUUACAUUAUUUAUGCAAUAGACCAUAAAGUACCUA